UUAUCUCCUGUGAAGAACAAACACACAGAAAAAUAAGACUAGGAAGAGCGGGCGGGAGGAGGAAGCGAGACGACAAGGAGGAGGAACCAUCUAUCCUGAAGCCGGUGGAUAUGAGGCUGCAGUGAGAGCUAGAGCCCGGCCUUCUCAAGGGGAAGGAACCCAGCAAUCCUUCCCCUGAACACUCACUCCACCGUCCACUCCUCCAAUGGCGUUCCUCCCGCUCCACCUCCCGGCCUCCUCCCCGACCCUCUUAACCGCGCGAGCGUCCUCCACCGCCGUCUCGGUGUCGCCGCCCGCGCAGACGUCCUCCCUGCAGGUUCAGCUGGAGGAGACCUUCGGCCGGAAGGGCAUCCGGUUCGGCGCCGACGCCACGGGCGCGCCGACCGCCGAGCUCAGCGUCCGCAACGGCAGCUCGCUCAGCCUCCGCCUCAACGACGGCCUCGUCACCUCCUACCGCCCCAAGGUCUCCUGGAAGGAGGACAAGGACGGCGGCUGCCGCGAGAUCCUCCACACCGUCUCCGACAGCAAGACCCUCAAGGGCGGCGUCGGGCUCGUCCUCAACCACGCCUCCUCCGGCUCUCCCUCCGCCGCCGCCGUGCAGCCCGAGUGGUCCGUCAGCGCCGUGGAUUCCGACUCGUACGACGCCAUGCAGGUGGAGCUGGGCCGCGGGAUGUCGGGGCCGCAGCUGGAGGUGGCGUACGUGGUGACGCUGUACGCGACGAGCAUGGCGACGGCGGUGAUCGUGAAGAACGCGGGGAAGAAGCCCGUGGCGCUGACGGGGGCCGUGCUGAGCCACAUCAAGUUCGACAAACGGCGCGGCACGGCCGUGGAGGGGCUCAUGGGUUGCCCCUACUGCGCGCACCCGCCGCCGGCAUCCGGGUUCGCGCUGCUCACCCCCGCCGAGGCCAUGAAGCGGGAGGAGUCCGGGUGGUUCGGCGGCGGCGGGGGAGGCGAGGAGCCCCGGCCCGGGGAGUGGGCCGUGGAGGAGAACCGGUACACCAUCCUGAAGAAGAAGGUGAGCCGGGUGUACGCCGCGCCGCCGGAGGAGAGGAAGAAGCGGGUCUACAACAGCGCGCCCUCCAACUUCAUGACCAUCGAUCAGUCUAGCGGGCUCGGGUUCAGGGUGGUGAAGAUGGGGUUCGAGGACAUGUACCUGAGCAGCCCGGGAGGGAUGUACGACAAGUUCGGCAACGACUACUUCCUCUGCACCGGGCCGGCGUCCUUGCUGGUGCCUGUCGUCGUUAACCCCGGCGAGGAGUGGAGGGCGGCGCAGGUCAUCGAGCACGACAAUUUGUAACAGCUUUCAUUUUUUGUUUGCUUUAAGAGAGUUGCAGGAAAUCGUGUACAUUCUCAUACAUGUGGAAGGGCCUCCUACAUAGCGUGUCCUCUUGUAAUUGUCCAAUGCGAUCAAUUUAUACAUGUGGUAGCUGGCA